AUGCAACCAUCCUUUCGCCUUAUCCCUCAGAGAAAAUGGGAACAACCUCAAUCUGAUGGCAUCGUCCGUAACACCAUUGAACUUGAAAGUGUCGCAGAUCUCAAUGAAGUCCCGAAUAUGACAUCUUCUACUUCAUCUGAAGUAGAUGAAGAAAUUAUUUGCAAGGAGCAAGCUACAGCUGAAGCUGAAACAGCAGUGUCUGAUCCCAAAUCUCCCAUAUCUGAUCAUGGAACCCAAACUUCAAUUCCUCAAUCUCCAAUGAAGAUUCCUGAGGAUGCCAUUGUUCAUGAUACAGCUCCUGAAAACUACAGAUCAGAUACUGUAGUUGAAGAAUCUGACAAGGUUGCAAUGGAAGCACUACAGUCCCUUGCAAUGACUGGUGCAGAAUCUAUUAAGCCAAACUCUGUUGCUCCCAUUCCUGAGUCAGAUAAAGCAAAGUCUGUUCCUGAUCCUGUUCCAGAUGCUGAGAAAUCUACACAAGAUGAUACUGAGGAUGAUGACAGUUCAGAUGAUGACAAGGAUGAAAAUGAUGGGAUUGUGCUUACUAUAUCAUCUUAUAUAGUGAGUUAA